GGUCUAAUUCCUUGUUCCCAGCAGAGAAACACCCGGUUCAGGCUUUAUCCUGUUUUUCUCUCAGAAUCCGGGACAGGCUGCACGGAUCAGACCUGCAGCGGUGAAACUUCUCCUUCACCAAAGAAAGACAAAAGAUUGUGAAAGCGUCUCGGAGACUUUAUAUUUUAAUAUUUCUUUUGGCGACAGCUCACAGAGGCAUUCCCACGAGGAGUAAACGGUUAUCGUGUACCCCCCUCUCAGUGUGGCCGUGAAGGUACCCCGGUGGCAGUGUCCCCCAGCCAGAACAACAGACUCAGAGAUCGGGAUUCACUGGAGACACCUUGCUCUGCUGUCAGGUUGGGGUUGGCCUCAACGUUAUGUGUGACAGAGAGAGAUUUCAUCCUCAGGAAUGCUAAUGCAGAACCCCCAAAUCCUGCUCUGUGUUAAUACCCCUGCUUUACUUGUAUGAUAACAACAAGCUGACUGAUUGGUCCGAGGGGUUGAGUGGCAGCCAGAGGUGUGUCAGCGAUGGGCAGGAAGUUAGAUCUGUCGGGGCUAACGGACAAUGAGGCGGAGCAUGUGCUGCAGGUGGUGCAAAGGGACAUGAGGCUACGCAAGAAGGAGGAGGAACGCCUCAGUGAACUGAAGCUGGAGCUGGAUGAGGAGGGCAGUCGCUGCGUCCUGCUGUCACGGCAGAGAUGCUUUAACCAGCGCUGCUGCAUCCGCUGCUGCUCGCCUUUCACCUUCCUGCUCAACACAAAGCGCCAGUGCCACGACUGCCACUACAACGUCUGCAAGGCCUGCCGGGUCUACAACAAGCAGGACAAAGCCUGGCUCUGCUCCGCCUGCCAGAAGAGCAGGUUGUUGAAGACACAGUCACUGGAGUGGUUCUACACUGAUGUGAAGACGCGCUUUAAGAGAUUCGGCAGCGCCAAAGUUCUGAAGACUCUUUACAGGAAGCACCUGGCGGAGCACAGCGCGCUUUCAGAGCUUACUGAGGGCAGCGCCUAUGAGGAGAGUAUCUGCAAUGAGGGCAGCGUCUGUGGGAGUGACUCAACCUUCUAUAGACAAAGUCAAGAGCACAGCAUGGCAGAGACACUCACUGUGGCAUUGCGGGUGGCAGAGGAAGCUGUAGACGAGGCCAUUUCCAAGGCUGAGUCCGACACUGCCAAUCAGGGGAAGCAGAAUGAGGCUCACUAUCUGCGGGAGCACAGAGGAGAGCUCAUUGAGGAACUAACCAAAACUAUCGUGCAAAAAAUUAUUAGCACGAGGAAGACUUUGGCUCAGAUGAGGGCAGAUUAUGACCAGGCUUGGCCACUUGAACACAACACUGACCUUUAUCAUCAGUUCAACUGUGAUCAAGCCUCCAGCUCCCUCAAACACCAACCAGGCCUCUGGAGGUCACACUCUGCCUUCUCACUGUUGGACAAUGACCCUCCAGGUCUGAUGCAAGACUCCUCACAGGCGCUAAAGAAGGACGGAGGUGGAUCAGCUAUGUCAACGUGGAAGAGUGUAGACCGGCUAGACAACACUGGUGUGUCCUCAGUGCUGAAGAGCCCAGACGGGAACUGGAUCGCCCUGCAGAGCGCUCAGCUGUCUCGUCCCAGCCUGCUGACCAAAAGGAAGAGCCUGGUCUUCAGUGCCUUGGAGAGGGAGUCUGAAGUGGUGUCCGCUUACGAAGGCAUGGGCUCGGACCUCGAAACCAAACCCGAACCUGACAGAUCCUGGGGUGCCGUCCUCCAGGAGAUCCACAGGAUGAUGACAGACUCUAACUCCAACCAGCAGGACAACCGCGACAGGAUGCCGUCCGUUCUGUUGGGCCGCCGAGGUAGCAGAGGCGAUCUGUUUUCAGACUCUGAGGGGAACUGGAAGCCUAACACACCUCUGCUCGCUCUUUUCAAGAGGAAGGUACCUGCAGAGAUCAGGCGACCUUCAUCCUCCCGCAGGACCAGCAUCAUCGAUGUGAACUUUAACGUGGAAAGAGCCGGAGUAGAAGUUGAGAGCAAGGCUGCUGCAGAGCCAGAGGUGGAAAAAGUCAGGAGAUCACGGAGGAAAAAGAGAAGUAAAAAAGAUUUGUCUUCAUCUGUGCUGCAGCCCCAGCAAGAGGAAAACAGACCCUCUAAAUUGUUGUAUCUUGCAUUCAGGAUCACAGCAACGAAGUACAACCAUCUGCAACAUCUUUCUGACUCUGCACAUGAACCUUUUCACCUCGAGGAUGACAUGACAGGACAUGGAGCAUAUCGGAUUGAGCAGGAGCUCACGCUAAAACUACAUCAGCUAGCAGGCCGAGUUUCUGAGUGCUCCACCGGAGGAGAAGAAGAAGUGAGAGAUGCUAGUAAUGAUGGACAGAGGGAGGAAAAGAAACAGGGGAGCGAGGACAGAGAUGAAGAAGAUGAGAGGCUGUGGAAGAUGGAGAUCGACUUGGAUGAAGAAAGAACAGAGGAAGAGGAAGACGUAGAUGAUAAAGAGAUGAAAUACAGAUUAUUCAGGCUCAUCGCACAGUCCACACUCACAUACUUCUCAUCUACUGAUGAUGAGUUAGACAAAGUUGGACAGAGUAAAGAAGAAUGGGAAGAAGAUGGGGAUGAAGAUGUGAAUGAGGAAAAGGUGAAAAAGACAGAUAGUCUUAGUUCUAAACUCUGUCAGCUGGAAAAAGAAGUCAGGGCCAACCAGUUCUCCUCCACAGAGGAUGAGCUGGACAGAGUUGGCGUCAUGGAUGAAGAGAAGAAAACAGGCGAGGAGGAGCAGGAGGAGGAGGAGGAAGAGGAGGAGCUGGCAGUGAAAGUAUGUCGAUUAGCUAACCAAGCCAAUGCCACCCAGUUUUCAUCCACAGAGGAUGAGUUGGACCAAGCAGGCAUAGGUGAAGAGGGGAAGGAAGCGAUAGACGAAGUGAAGCUGUGGAAACUGGAGGCGGAAAAAGACGUCCAUGCCGCUCAACUCCGUGAUUUGGCCAGUCUAGUUAGUGCUUCCCAGUUUUCUUCAACUGAGGAUGAGCUGGAUAGAGUUGGAGAGAAUGAGGUGGAGGUGGAGCAGGAAGGAAACGAAGGAGGAAUCAAGAGGAAGGAAGCAGUGGAAAAGAAUCGGGAAAGGAGAGAAUCAUUUGGAGAUAUGGAUGUGACAAUGUUUGAUUUAAGGUAUGAAAUUGAGGAAAGAAAGACAGAGAGCAGUGAUGAAAAAUUUAAAGAUGUCCAACAAGAUCAAACAGAGGUAGAGGAACACAAAAAUUGCAUGGAGGAGAAAGUAACAGAUGAGAAUGAAGGAAUGGUAAAGGGGCAUACAUGUGAAAAAGUGGAAGUUAUGAAAGAGGACAAGGCUAAUAAAGCAAAAGAGACAGAACAAAGACAAGAGAUGGAGUCAGAAACAGUGGUGCAAGCAGAGAAAAUGGAGGAGAUAUCCUUACAUGAGACAAAAGUCCAACUAGAGAAGUGGCAAGACAAAACGGAAGGAGAAGAGAGACAGGAAAAGAUUAGUGAAAGCAAAGAGAGUCAGGAGACAGCAACAGACAGCGAUGAGGAGGAUGCAGAAUUUCACAGAAUAAUCAGCAGCAUGUUAACGAUGACUUUGGACGACAUGCAGAUAGAGACAUCGAAGAAAGAAGCUGCAGAAAAUGGGAGCAAAAAUAGAAAGCCAGAGGAAGAAGAGACAGAUGAGAAUGUAAAAAUUGGGUUCAAAAAUGGAUUUGAGGAAACAGCUGUCGAUGCACAAAGCACAAAUGAAUCAGAGGAGACAGAAAGUGCUGAAUGGGUCCAAAGUCAAGACGACAACUUGAUGUCAGAGUCAGCUGUGAGAGAAAGACCAGGUGAAAAUGUAUGUGAGCAAAUUCAAGGAGAUAUUUCCAGAAAAAAUGAGAGUGGAGAUGCCACAGGUAAAAAUGAAAAUGAACAGGAAACCGAUGAAGAUGCACAAGAAAAAAGACAUUUAGCAAUCAAAGCGGCACUUAAGGAUCAUGACAAACAAGGAAAAGUCACAACUGAGUGGAAAAUUACAGAGAUGCAAGAAGAUACUGCAGAGGUAGCUUUUGAAAAUAAGGAAAUGAAUAUAAGACUGGAGGAAACCAAAGGAGAAAAUGCAGACAACAUGGAGCAGAGCAGCAUGUCUUCUCUACUGGAGGGCUCACUGUCACCUGAGGAGAUUCAAAGCGGUAGUGACAUGGAGCUUUACAAAACAAUAGAGACUAUCUCAUCUCUGCUGGAGCAGAGGUACACGGCGGUGUCUCUGCGCAGCAUUACCACUGAGGUCCUGAAAGUGUUGAAUGCCACUGAAGAGCUGCUGCUGCAAGGGGUGGAGGGAGGAGACGGCCCCCGACUCUCUAGCACCGUCCUGCCCCCCAACACAGACCCCAAGAAACUGGAUCAACAGUUCUCCAGACUGGAGGAGAAUGUGUAUGUGGCAGCUGGAGAGGUUUACAGUCUGGAGGCGGAGCUGAGUGACUUGGAAGAGUGUGCAAGGGGCAUCUGCAGCGGGACGUCCGACAUGGAGUUGUCCUUCCUGGAGGAGCAGAUAGCAUCUGCAGCUGCUAAGGUUCAACAGUCUGAGCUGCAGACUUCUGACAUCUCUGCCAGAAUUGCUGCUUUGAAGAGCGCAGGCCUCAAUGUGGACCCACAACAGUCACGCUUCACUAAGACCAAGACUAUUCCAGUUAUGCCUCUCACUUUGGACUCAUCAAGACAGCUAAGGAGGCGAUUACCUGCACCACCAGUGAAAGAAGACAAAGAAGAAACCUAAAUCAGCAACCCAGGACCUUUGCAGUACCUCCAACACAGCAGUGCCUUGACCCUCUCACUCUGCAGCCUACAGGCUGGUCUUAAGUGUUGCCUUAAUAUAAUUUUUAGACUAAACAGGCCUCAAAUAACACAGGUAUGUCACUUUAGGAAACUGAUGAUUCUUUUGUAAUUUUAUCAAAAUGUGCAGUAGAUGAUACUCCUUAACAGUUCGGAAAAUGUAUAGGCAUUGAUCAAUCUGAAGGAACAGGUUAAACCCUCAGAUCAUUAGAAAAUCACAACUUUUGAACAUUUUAGUUUUAAAACUUUUUUUAGAUUUCCAAAAAAAUGAGAGAACUGGUGAAAUUAUUACAUUGUAUAAUAGCGUGUGCUCAAAAAAAUCCAAAUGUUUUAAUAAUACUUUUGAAAGACUUCCUUUUAACAACAUUAGCUGUCCAUUUUACUUGCUGAUGAAUAAAGCUAUACAUAUACUUUACAGUGACUGAAAAAGCACUAAUUAUAAGCCACUGACUACAACCUCAAACCUGGAAUUUUUACCAUUGUAUCAGAAAUAUACAGAUUACACAUGUGGGAACAAUUAUAGCAUGUUAGAAAAUUGUUGCGAGACUAUCAUGUCUAAACUAUAGACCUGUGUUUUUCCAUGGUUGUGGAUGUUUGUACAGCAAACUAAUCAGUCAUUAUUUUUCUGCCUUUAUUAUUAAGUUCAGAAAAUAAAGUAGAAAUGCAAAAGG